AUGAACUCUAAGAUUGUCGAAGAUGCAGAAGUCGAGGAAUUCUUUAGCCAUGCUCAGGCUUCAACGUUCCUGUCGUUUCUGGAAGAGUUAAGGGUAGCUUUGGAAAGAUAUUCAGCCAACCCGUCUAUCAUCCCACCGCGGAUUGUGGGGAAUAUUCCUUCUGGCAGCACUCUUCACAUGUACAUGCCUGUUAUCGACGAUGUGUAUUCUGGUGUCAAGACCCUGGGAUACAACGCCAGCUCGCAUUUGGGUUUCGUAGGUUCGAUCAACAUCACUGAUGCGGAGUCUGGCAUGUUGUAUGGCACUUUGCAAGCCAAACAAAUCACCGCUAUUCGGACAGCGUUGGCCAGUUGUGUCGGGCUGUCUUCACAGUUGGAUAAGUUUGAGGACACUGAUGUGAUCAACUGUACCGUUUUUGGGUCGGGAUUGCAGGCGUUCUGGCAUAUUGUAUGUUGCGUUAGCUUGUUCAGCGGUAGCGGUAAGCGUUUCAACGUCACCAUUCUGUAUCGUACCCGGGAAAUGGAUGUGAAACAGUUCGAGAAUAUCUGUGCUGUGAAUGAAAGCAUUAUGCAGCUGACUUUUAAUCAAGUGAAGCUAUCCGAUAAUGUGCUCAAGAGCAGAGCCGUUGCCGAUAGUCAUGUCAUCUUCGGAUGUAUUCCUUCCGAGGCCCCUAACCUGCUGUAUAGGGACUUGGCAGAUGUCGAGACUAAAGUCUCACAUACUUAUAUAUCGCUGAUUGGAAGUUUCAAGCCUCUCAUGCAUGAAUGUGACCAAGCUCUGAUCGAGGAGUUUCAGCGGCAAAAAAUUCGUAUCCUGGUCGAUUCGAAGGAGCAUUGCUUACUCGAAGCUGGCGAGUUGAUCGACUGCGAUGUGAAGGAAGAUCAACUGCAAGAAAUCGGGCACCUUUCGCGGAAACCACUACAAGCGAUCAGAUGCGGACAGAACAAUCGUAAGAUUUCCCUUUGCAAGAUCGUUGGACUCUCCAUUAUGGAUAUAUGUGUUGGAAAAAAAUUGUUGGAGCUAUCCAACUCCGAUUGA